AAUAAAAACAAAAGACAACUCGCUAUAUCCUACAAAUUGGUAAAUGGAAGUGACAAUUAAAUACGCUAAUAUUAAAAAAAGCUUCAUAAACACCAUUAGAAUUAGUAAAAGAAAUGAAAAUCUAUUUAUGGUUUUGUUGAGUGCUAAGAAUAGCUUCGUAAAUGUUGGCUGGGAAUGAUAGGGGGCCAAUGUUUAGGGAAUAGACAGCCAUUAUUAGAGCAUACACCACCAAUGUUUGUGGCAAUGACCCUUUUAUAAAUGCACGCCUUAAUUCUCCAACAUAUGGAAAGAAAAAAGCAAUGGCCCCUCCUCUCCCUUGCUCUGUCUCUCUGGUGCUCUCACCUCUUUUCCUCUUCCUGCUCGUCACAAUAGGUGAAGGCCAUGGCUUCGAAUCUCCAGUGCCCAAAUUGGAGUACCAUGGCGGGCCUCUUCUCACCGGAAAAAUCGACGUUUCCAUCCUCUACUACGGACGAUUCGGCCGCGGCCAAAAGAGUGUCAUCCGCAACUUUCUCAAAUCUCUCAACAAUGUCCGCGGCAGCGCCAAGCCCACCGUAUCUUCAUGGUGGAGAAUGGUGGAGAGCUAUCAAUCCUUCACAGGCCAUAAACACGUCCGCAGGGUCCCCAAAAUCCGAGUGAAGGUGGUCAAAGUGGCCACCGACGCCUCCUACUCGACGGGGAAAGUGAUGACCCUGGAUUUCAUCAAGAUUCUAGUGCAGAAGGCCACUGAGGGGACACGCAACACUCUGGCGCUCAUCUUCACUGACAGGCAAGUGACUGUUCAAGAGAUGUGCACUGGGAGAUGCGCGCAACAUGGCAUGUUCGGAGACCAGCCCUACGUUCUUGUGGGGAAUCCUGAGACGGAGUGCCCCGGAGCUUGUGCCUGGCCAUUCCACAAGUCUGACUUAGGGCCACAAGGAGUGGUGCUGCAACCACCUAGUGGCAAUGUCGGGGCUGACGCUAUGAUCAUAUCGUUAGCGUCGGGUUUGGCGGAUGCCGCGACUAACCCGUUCAACACAGGCUUCUUCCACAUGGGCAGUGGACACUUGGGUGUGCUGGGCGCUGGAACGUUGUGCCAAGGGAUAUUCGGAACUGGGGCAUUCCCUGGAUACCCCGGAAAGAUUCGAGUCGACCCAAAAAGUGGUGGAGCCUUCAACUCCCACGGUGUUAAGGGCAAAAAGUUCUUGUUACCCGCUGUGUGGAACCCAGCAACUUCCUCUUGUUGGACACCUGUAUAAUCUAACUCAUGCACUAACAAUUUUUUUCUUUCUGUUUUUUUUUUAAUUUUAUAUCUUUUUGUAAAGUAAAAUCCAAAAUUCAUCCCCAUUCAUUUUUCCUUUCAUUGUAAUAAAUAUAAUCAACCAUCAAACAUUUUUACC